AUGUACUUUUUGCAAGCAUGGAAAGAAGUCUGGGAACAUAAAUCAAAACAGCUGGGAAAAGACGCCGUUUGGAAGCAGUUUUACUAUGUGCUGGUUUGGAAGCCUCGAGCGUUGCCAGAGUUAAAAGCCUUCCUUCGAUCUCCCAUCCUGAUUGAAGUGAUCAGCGUCGGUACAGACAUUGUGCAAGACUUCAUUACUGAAAUUAACGAAACAAAGGCGAUUCAGGGAUGUGUGGCUCCACACAAAGGAAAACACAAGGUACCAGCACCGCCCGAGCUCUCACUGAGUGAUGUCAUCGACCAUCGUUACCCUGCAAGUGAAGGAGCGCAAGACAAUGGAUUCGUAGAACAGACUCAUUAUCCAUCUGCUGUUCAAAAGCUAAUUGAGCGAGCCGAUCCCCUGCUAAAGUCAUUGUUGAUGGACGAAUACACGGUGGUAGCGAUCGAAAAUCUUGUUCGGUGCAUGAAUCAUCUGAAGCAAGAGAAAAAACAAGGAGCCGCUUAUCCAUCGGUCAUGGUCAAAGCAACAAUGAAUGCAUUUAUCAGCUUGCAAGGUUACGAAGAAAGUCGCAAGUACAUCGAUGAACUGGUCUCCACUUUGAUACGGCUUGGAUUACCUCCCGUAAACGCCAUUUUCCAGGAAUGGUGUAAUGCGAAAAAGGAAGCGGAUGCCCUGGUUGAUGAAAAUGACGUUGGCCCAUUCCAAACCACAGUCCCUCAGUCAACCCGCUCUGCGGUAACUCGCCACAAGCUGCUUCUAACAUUGGCAGACUACCUGGAGAAACAAACCGAUCUCGACGCUUUGAACACAGCAAUUCGCGAUAUCCGAAUUCUCAUGGAACCAUUUUUUGGAGGUUUCCCGGCUUCUCUGUUUCGACAAACUAAAAAGAUUGCUCGGUCUAUCUUUUGGGAUGACCAACGUUCCUGUCUCAAUCUAAGCGACACUUGCUGGAAAGACCUCGGAGCCAUUUUUCCUAUACUGAGCGAGAAGCUUGGUCCGUUAUCCAUCCCUUCCAUCCACGGUCAACUGGGUAAUUUCAAUUUUUCCUUGAGCAAUAUCAUCCUUGAUUGGCAUCAGGUGUUGCCAACGAUGGUCAAGGUCCAUCGAGAAACCUUAAUCACGACAGAUGCGAAAUAUACGUGGUUGGAUCGCUCCCAUGAGGAGAAUUGGACUCACUACGAGUUUCAAGGGUCGGCCAUUGUGUGUCAAAAUAUGGAUUACGUAUUUAAUCGAACCUCCUUCCCAAUGUGGGCUGACCAUGGAAAAUGCAAGGUGCUCUGCAACAACAUUUACAUCAAGGUAGUGGCAAGCACGGAAAAUACAGCCACCCGACUCAGUGGAAUAGAAAUAAGAGAGUGUUGCUGCACCAUGGAAAACGUGUCAUUACGGGUCGAAGAAACAGAGCACAGGAUUCUGACCAAUCUCUUGGCGCCAAGAUUUGCAAACACUUUGCAGAAAAGUCUGCAACAACACAUCGCCGAUAUCAUUAAAAAUGUUUUUGAGCAAAUUUGA